CCGGCGGGGCCAUGGCGGCGGCUUGGCUCUGCACACUUAGGACUAAAGUCUGCACAACAGCAGCUUUUGGGAGAUCUCUACCGAAGGAGCUCUGGACAAGGUCGUGGAGAAGGGAAGCUGCUCUCCUGCCCUGGAUUUUUGGUUCGUGGGAGUGUUUGCAGUCACAAACGCAGCGAGUUCAUGGUGUCAGUAAUUAUCUCCGGAGACCGCGAGAGCCGUCUGUGUGUCUGUCCCACUCAGCCCCUGCCGCAGUGGUCCAGCAGAAGGCUGUGGAUGAGAGGACAGAAGAGUUCAAACUGGUCUACAGGUUCCCAGGGAUAAAAUACUGCAGGGUCCUGUCGAGACUGAAGCUGCUGCAGACUGCCACCUCCAUGGUCAUGCUGCCUCCCAUCUACUACCUCUACCUGCAGGACCAGGUGUCUCAGAAUAUCCUCUUCUAUACAACUGGCAUUGCUGUCUUUGCUGGGGCAAUGCUGUAUGGUAUGAGCUACUUUUUCAGAAGAAUUAUUGGAUUCAUCUACUUAAGUGAAACUGGACAAACUGUCAGAGUGGCCCACUUGACAUUUUGGGGAAGACGUAAUGAUAUUUACUGUCCCAUAGAGACAGUGGUGACUUUGGAUGAAGUUGGAGAUAGCAAGGAUGAGCUACUUCACCAGUUCAAACGGUAUAACAGUACAGAUACUUUGUAUUUUACAAUUAAGUAUGGCCAGAUUGUAGACAGACAGAAAUUUACUCAAAUAUUUGGAGAAUUUGUGUGACACAGCAGCUAAUUUCGAAUGACUUUCCAUGUUCCAUGUUCAUUGUGCUUAUUGUUCCACGAGGUUUAAGUAGUUUACCAAACUACACAUCCCUAUCCUUUUCCUGUGCAAAGCCUGCUGUAACUGCACCCAGUGUAGAAAGUCACAGUGGUAAGGCACAGCCAACUGGAUUAAAGGUCUUGCAGCUUG